UCUUCGUUUUUUUUUUUUUAUUAAAAGAACGUAGUCUUGCAUAGUUUAUCUUCAACAUAUUUCCACAUAGCUAAAUUGAUAAACAUUUGGUUUCACAAAUUGAUAUUUACAUCAAACAAUAUAUAUAGUUUAUAUUUAUUUUUCUUUUUCAAAUUGUUUUAAGUAUUUUUACAUAUUAAGAAAACGAAAGUAAUGUUUUUAAAUUUUAAUCUUGACUGAUCGAAAGAUAUAAAACCAAUGAGAUCAUGAAUCACUAGUCGUUCCGUUUUGCCGAACGUAACCAUUUUAUUGGCUGUAACAUAGAGAAUUUAGAUUUCACCAAAAGAAUCUCAUCGUAGAUGUCACCAGAAAAAACGCUAUUUCUGAUUGGCUGAUUAGGUUACUAGACAAGUAUUACAAAUAGCGCUUUAUUUCUUACAUGUGUAUUUACCUUGUUCGUAAUCUUUACCGCUCCCGGUAUCGUGUGAUACUGUGUGAUACUCUAUAUUUAUAAAUAUUGUAUUUUAUAGAAAGGAAUAUUCAUAAUUAGAAUAAAAACAAGAAUUCUAAAGUUAAUAUCGUGACUGACUUGGACAAUUAUGGACGAAGUUGACAACGCUCAAAUCAGUGUUAUACCAGAUGACGUUUGUAAAAGGGCAGGUAUCACAACAACUUGGAUUAACAGCAAUAGAUUCGGGAUACAUGCGUAUAAACAUGUGGACGAACGUUCUCAAGAUACCAAGAGUCAAUUUGCACCCUGUGAUGCAAGAGUACACUUCCUCCGGCCAGAAGUAAUAUUAUUUUCACCGCUCUUACGUAAAUUGGUUAACGAGAGCAACGGAGUUUUUCUGUCGGUUCAAAAAAUCAAGUCUUCGUCCGGUGACAGGAGGCCAGAACUUCUGAAACACAGUAAACAAUAUAGGUCUAUUUUGAGAGCCUGUGUGGAAAAUCUAGAAGACAUCCGCCCCAAGGAAUCACCGUCAGAAGUGAAGAUUCUAGACGAUUUUCUUACUAUAUUUUAUCACGUAGAAUGUAUCUGGCAUUUGACAGAAAUUCUUUAUGUCGAUGCUAUACCAGGUGAUGUUGUGCUACCACAGUUACUAGAAUGGAUCAGUUUUCACUUUCCUUCGAAAGAAUCCUCGGCAUCGAAGAUCCUGUCGCAAAAGUCCGUCGCUGCCGAUCUGGAGAACUCGGAUUACUGGGAGGUUGUGAUAGUUUGCGCAUUCCACGGGAAGUUGAAUUUAGUCUGCCGUCUUCUGGCCAUGCACAGCAAAGCGGAUUAUUCGGCGUUCGUCACCGCGGACAAUAUCAUCCGGAGUAUGCCGGUGUACAACGUUUACGGCGGAUACUCCGUGAAUGAAUUUCUCAUGCGGUGGAAACACUGGCAGAUGGAUCUCUGCUCCAAUCUGGAGACGAAUUGCUUCGUUAUAAAAAGCAAAGUUGAAAAAGGCAAAGUCGUUACAGACAGCAACUUGGAGAUGCUUAUGAAGUUAAUAGCGGGAGACGAGUUGGUAUUGUGGGAAUAUUCCAAGUACGCGGAAGCGUGGUAUGAAUUGUUGGCGGCAAAAUUGUUCUACUCGGCGCCCUGCUGCAAGCAGCAAGAACUCUCGCGCUACGCGAACAACGUCGCCGAGAGGUGGCGGGCCAACGAGCCCUUGGACCGCACGAUCCUCGCUUUGAUGGAGAACGAUCUGCAUCAGGUCAUCAAAGAGAUACAAUACAUGAACGAUAACGGCUGGUUCGCCGCUCAUCUGAUGGAUCUCCUGUACAAGUGCGAGAAAUUGACUAUUCUGAACAAGGAGAAGGCUAACAUGACUGAGAAGCUUCACGAGUCUCUUGUGUUGGAAUACGGCACCACGUUAAUGGGUCAUCGCUCGCUGUGGCAGUGCGGCGCGAGUUACCUGGUGCAUUGUCCCAUGCAGGGCUUGGCCAGGCUGGAGAUUUUGCUGCAGUCACUGCCGACCGGCACGGAGGCACGGGUCAACAAGAUUAUCGAUAUCGCGCGAGAUAACAACAUGCCUCAAGUCGUCACCAGUAUAUGCAAGAUUCAGGGAAUGAAGAGUAUAAGACAAGGUAGACUAGGCAAUGCCCUCACUUGGGCGCUCAAGGCCCACGACGGCAAUUUCACCACGUACAUCGCCGACGAGUUCCUCAAACACUACGCCGAACACGGGGAACUGGAGUGUCGGGACCUGCUGGAGAACCUAGGCUCUUGCAUGCUUGCUAGCGACAGGCUCACGUUUCUGGGAAAAUAUUGCGAGUUUCAUCAGAUGUACGGAAUCGGCGAGUUUCGAGAAGCGGCGAGCUUACUGGUGUCCCUUCUGGUCUCGAAUCUGACACCGAAAUAUUUUUGGUCCAUUCUCCUGACGGACGCUAUACCGUUGCUGGAGGCGGAGGAUGUGAUCUUCUCCUCCAAUGACUGCUACGAGUUGCUACGUUGUGCGGAAGCUCACGGCGACGAUCCGAAAUUUCAAGACAAGGUCUCGAUCUUCCGAUUGGGCGUCGCGCGGAAUCUGGCGCGAGCUCUCAGCUUAGAGGGCUGCCAGGCCGAGCAUUGAUGCCGUUCAGUAUUGUACCAGUCCACUUCCCGCCAUAUAGAGCAACAUCAAUACCUUUUUCCAAAUAAAGCUUUAAUUGUUUAUAUA